GAUUUAGAUUUAUUUCGUUAUUAGCCACAAAAUGUACAAGAUAGUUACUCGCCAUAGUGUUUUUCUAAAAUGGAGUUUGUUGAAAAAUUUGAGGUACGCGAGUGCGGGACCACCGCGUCCCAAUGGACCCUUGUUUCCUAGAAAUGACGAUUUUCCUGCCAGACACAUAGGACCUCGAGAAAGCGAUGUCAGUACUAUGUUGGAUACGCUGGGAUUUAAGAGUCUGGAUGAAUUGACAGAAAAAGCCGUUCCAGAAAGAAUUAGGUUAGAAGGAAAAUUAAAUAUCGAUGAUCCUAUAAGCGAAUACAACCUCAUCAAAAGAAUAUCUAGUAUAGCAGAAAAAAAUCAAAUAUGGAGAUCGUACAUCGGUAUGGGUUAUCAUAAUUGUUGCGUGCCGCAUACUAUAAUGAGAAAUAUUUUUGAGAAUCCUGGUUGGACUACUCAAUACACUCCGUAUCAACCAGAGGUGGCCCAAGGUCGAUUAGAAGGUCUAUUGAAUUAUCAGACGAUGGUAAGCGAGCUUACUGGUCUGGAAGUCGCAAAUGCUUCAUUAUUAGAUGAAGGAACAGCUGCAGCGGAAGCUCUCUCUUUAUGUUACAGGCAAAAUAAGAGGAAGAAGUUGUUGAUAUCCAAUUUACUUCAUCCUCAAACAAUUUCCGUUAUUCAAACAAGAUGUCAGUCUUUAGGAUUGACCGUACAAGUUGUCGAUGUAUUCGAAGCCGAUUUUUCGGGAAGAGAUAUCGCGGGGGUGCUGUUCCAAUAUCCUGAUACCGAAGGAAAUAUAUUAGAUUUUGAUUCGGUAGCUGAGGCAGCACACGCGAAUGGUACUCUGGUUUGCUGUGCAACAGAUCUAUUGAGCCUUACCUUACUGCGACCUCCUAGUGAAAUUGGGGUUGAUAUCGCAAUUGGUACUUCUCAAAGAUUGGGGGUUCCUUUAGGAUAUGGUGGUCCGCAUGCAGGAUUUUUCGCUUGCAAUCAAUCAUUGGUACGUUUGAUGCCAGGUAGGAUGAUUGGGGUAACAAGAGAUGCGGCUGGAAGGGACGGUUAUCGUCUCGCUUUGCAAACAAGAGAACAGCACAUCAGAAGAGAUAAAGCUACUAGUAAUAUUUGUACAGCGCAAGCUUUGCUGGCUAAUAUAUCUGCGAUGUUUGCAGUUUAUCACGGACCUCAAGGGCUCAAAGAUAUUGCGACUAAAAUACACAAUAUGACAUUGGUAUUGCAUCAUGGCCUACAACAAGAUGGAAACGCAAUGUGUAACAAGCUAUUUUUUGACACGUUGAAAGUUUAUCCAAAAUUACCAAUCGAAGAAAUUAAAAGUAGAGCAGCCGUUAAACGAAUUAACUACAGAUAUUACGAGGAUAACGGCGUCGGUAUAGCUCUAGAUGAAACCGUUUCAUUACAGGACGUAGACGACAUAUUUUAUUCCUUCGGGUGUACACAAAAUGUAGAAAAUAUCAUACACAGCCCAAUGGUUAGAGAAAAUGCAAUUUAUAAAAGUCCUUACAAAAGAACCUCUCCGUUUUUGACUCAUCCGGUAUUCAAUUCUCAUCAUUCGGAAACAAGAAUAGUUAGAUACAUGAAAGUAUUGGAAAAUAAAGAUGUAUCUUUGGUCCAUAGCAUGAUUCCAUUGGGUUCUUGUACUAUGAAAUUAAACUCCACCACAGAAAUGAUGCCGUGCUCGUUUAAACAUUUUACAGAUAUUCAUCCGUUCGCUCCGUCCGAGCAGUGCCAAGGCUACCAUCAAUUAUUCGAAGAACUAGAGAAGGAUCUGUGCGCAAUAACCGGUUACGAUAGAAUCAGUUUUCAACCGAACAGUGGAGCUCAAGGCGAAUAUGCUGGUCUAAGAGCUAUACAAUGUUAUCACGAAGCUAGAGGAGAAGUUCAUCGAGACGUAUGUUUGAUUCCCAUAAGUGCCCACGGUACUAAUCCGGCCAGUGCGCAAAUGGCUGGAAUGAAAGUAGAACCGAUAAAAGUUCGUGUCGAUGGAACAAUUGACGUAAAUGAUCUUAAAAGAAAAGCCGAGAAAUUCCGAAAUAAUUUAUCUUGUCUAAUGAUAACUUAUCCUUCGACUAACGGGGUGUUUGAAGAAACGGUGGCGGAUAUUUGUGAGAUAAUACACGAUAAUGGCGGACAAGUUUAUUUGGACGGUGCCAAUAUGAAUGCUCAAGUAGGACUAUGCAGACCAGGUGAUUACGGUAGUGACGUUUCGCAUUUGAAUCUUCACAAAACAUUUUGUAUUCCUCACGGAGGGGGCGGUCCGGGUAUGGGUCCUAUCGGGGUUAAAUCUCACUUAGCUCCUUUCCUUCCCGGCCAUCCAGUGAUUAUACCUCAAGGACACAACGGUAGCUCUGGUGGUGCCGUAAGCGCAGCGCCUUACGGCUCUAGUGCAAUAUUACCUAUAUCAUGGGCGUAUAUAAAAAUGAUGGGACCGAAAGGUUUAAAGAAAGCUACCCAAAUCGCUAUUUUAAACGCUAAUUAUAUGUCUAAAAAAUUAGAAUCGCACUACACGACGUUGUUUAAAAGUUCCGCAUCGGGAUUAGUAGCCCACGAAUUUAUUAUAGAUACUAGAGAAUUUAAAAAAACCGCUAAAAUAGAAGUGGCCGACAUCGCUAAGAGAUUAAUGGAUUACGGUUUUCAUGCUCCGACGAUGAGUUGGCCUGUUGCUGGUACCCUUAUGAUCGAACCCACCGAAUCCGAAGAUAAACAGGAACUCGACAGAUUUUGCGACUCGUUAAUAUCUAUAAGGGAAGAGAUUAGAGAUAUCGAAGAGGGAAGAUCCGACGUUAGAAUUAAUCCUCUGAAAAUGGCGCCUCAUACCCAAGGGCAAGUUAUUAGUAGUUCUUGGGAAAGGCCGUACAGUAGAGAGCAGGCGGCUUUCCCCGCACCUUUCGUUAAACCCGAAACGAAAAUAUGGCCGACUGUGGCAAGAAUUGAUGAUAUAUACGGCGAUAAACAUUUGGUUUGUACUUGUCCACCAAUAUUGGACGAAUAUAAUUAUUAAUGAAUUAUUUACAAACGUUGUACGAAGGUUGCUGCUCAAGUUUUCAAAUAGACAUUAACGUUUUUCACUACAGUGAAAUUAAUGCGUUCGAACCAAUUGUCGAAGCAUUUCGAUUGAAGUACAUCCAAAAAAAUGUAAAAAAAACGUCCACCUCGUAAUUUAUUUUUGAUUCUUCGGUGCCAAACAAGAACGGUACGACGGAUCACGACCCAUCAAUUCGACGUUUUGACUAUUCAAAAAAUGAUUCAUGUUCAGCGAUUAGUUUCCUCGAUUUUCCUGGCAAACAAAUGCUGGCAUACCAUUCAGAAUUGAUCUUUUUAGGUUGCUCAAAUUGAACGGUAGAGACAUGCCUAAUUAUUCGCUUCGAAAUGCUUCGUGCGCGAACAACUUUUGUUGGAUUCGGCUCGUUUUGAAUGGUCUUGUUUUUUAGUUUCGGGUUUAUAUGCAUAGAUCGAUGAUUCGUCACCUGUCACGAUAGCGUCGCGAUUAAAUAUUUCUUUGCACCAAUCGAAACGCGAACAAAUUUUUUUGACAGCAGAAUGUCGAUCAAUAUUGAAUGUAUGCUAUUGCAACUGAUGUCCAAGGACGUACAGCAUCUGGCACAACAGUCUAUUUUGGACGACCUUCAUUUUAGCGAAAUGAAACUACGAUUAAAUUCAGAAAACCAGCGAAACACGAUGGCUCAAGAUGGUGCUUCAUCACCAUAAGUCGAAGCGAGUUGAUCGACACACUGCUGUUGGUUUAUUAAUCCACGUUGAAAGUCAUAGAAAAUGUCAAUGUCAGAUUUGACAUAUUCACGUCAGUGUUGCCGUAUCUCAAAACUCGAGUAGCAACCCUCGUAUUACCCAGUAUUACCUCUCUUUGAAAGGAAAGUUCUAUUAUAUAUAAUAAUACUAUUUGUCUAAGUUAAUUAACGUUUAUUUUUGCAUAACAACUUUUUGGAAAUAUAUAUUAUUUGCUACAAAAUAUUUUUAGAACGAACGGACCUGGCACAGCACAAAUAGUCUCAACAAGGAUAUAUUCACUUACAUAUCUAUUAUAUGAUUAUUUAACAUACUGCAGUUCGUGCUAAUAUUAUUAAUUUUUUAUUUAUUUAUUUCCCUUUUCUUCUAUUCACUUUUCGUUUAAAACAAAAAUUAUAAUAAAACUAAUCAAAAUAUUAAUUCAGAAAUUACGAAUGGGAUUUAAAAAUUUUAGUAAAAACUGUAGCAAAUGCUUUGGGUAAAUGGCACAUUAUAUUGAUACUAAUAUUCGAUUUCUAGCAAGUCAAUUAUUUAUUAAACAGACUGUUUAUUGCGACCGCUACACCAACACUCAUAAUUAUACUGUUUGACGCGCGUUUCGAUAACCAAGUUAACGUCUUCAGAGACAGAAGACGAAACGUGGAUCAGACAGUGCAAUUAUGGAUGUUGUUGUAGUGGUACCAAUAGACAAUAUAAAUAUCACUAAAGUUCAAAAAAUUCCAACUUCGUAACGACUUCUUACAAUCAUAAAAUUGUAGAAAAAAGGGUGUAUAAACAAUGCUAGCACUAACCGAACAAAAAUAUGAACUGUUUCCAAAUGGAUUUUAGUACGUACAUGAAAAUUAUAUUGCAACGACAUCGGUUGCAACAGUUGAUGCUUCUAUGAACCGUUUUAAAAAAUAUUACCAAUUAUAAUAUCUUAAUUAACCUAACCUGUAUAGAUAAUAAAUUAUUUGUAGUUUACGGUUUUACAAUUUAGAUCUAUACAAUAAAGUGUUAAAGGUCA